UGUUGGGAUUUUAUUGUAAAACUCCACAGGCCUACAUGAUGUUGCCAUGGGUAGGGGCCAGGAACGAAAACCUUUUAAUAGAAAAAAAAGAUUCUGUAGUCGUGCCACAGUUGAGCAACGAGAUGCAGCUGAGCAUCAUGAUGAAGGUGAAGAGCGGUGAGCUGACCGUUGAGGAGGCACUCAACCAGGCCAGGAGGGACAACCUGAGACAGCUGACACAAAGUCUGGCUUCAGAGGAACAACAAGCAUUCCAGUACAACUUUAGUGUUUACAAGUACAACCGGUGUAGGUGGCAAAAGCGUAUUCUUCAGAUUGACUUCAACACAAAAAUGGUGUGCAGCAUAGAAAAAGGCAUAGUGAAGCGGCAGCUGCACUUCCUGUGCAUUAAGAGCUGCCAAGACGGAGCUGGGACCAAGUUUUCUAUAUCUUUCAGAGGAAGACAUGACUAUGAAUUGGAGGCCACCUCAAUGGAGGACAAACAGAAGAUAAUGUUGCUUGUCAACAAGAUAAUCUACAAAAACAUAUACAACAAUCCAGUAGAGGGCCGCGAAGAGACGUGUGACCUGCCUCUGCCUGAACCACCAAAUAGCCUCAAGGAAGGCUUGCUGUUUUUGCAGAGAGGUGGAUUGGCAUCAUUUAAAUGGGUGAAGUACGAAGCUAGCCUUCACCCUGAUCAACUGACCCUGCUUCCCAGCACCCAACGGGCGGUAGGUGCAGAUGGGGACAACCCAUCCUUCUUGCCAGUUGUCAUCCAUUUGUCCGACGGGGAUGCCAGUGUAGAGAGACUGCGCAGCUGUGACACCUUUACUCUUUUUACUCACAAAAAUGAGUACCAGUUCCGGAUACCUGUGACCAACAAUUCAAAGAGCACAGAAGCAGUACAGAAGGAAAGGGAUGCCUGGGUCCAGGCGAUUGACGAGCUGUGCCUAGACUGGAAGCACAGGUCUCAGUCUGAACAUUUCUAUGAGGAUCCCAAGGCUAUAACCAUUUAUGAUCACAUCAGAUACAUUUCUGAGGAGAACAAUUCCACAGUGCUCAGAAGAACAGAUAUUGUCUCCAGCGCUGAUCAUCUGCUGGUUGGUGAAAAUACUGAAAAUACUCCAACAUCACCUGCCCUUACACCCUGCAGCCCUGUAAAGUUACAAGAGAAUGUCCCCAUCAGUGGCCCUACCCUGUCCUCUGUCUUUUCCUCUGGUUUUGGGCCUGGUCCUGCAAUGUGUCCAGGCCCCAUCCCUGUCCUGACACCUGUCCCUUUCCCUCUGAAGGGACCCCUCCCUAGUGUUCCUGUAUCCAGUCCUGAUUCUGUAUCUACCAGUUCCCCUGUUCCCCUGAGUCCAUUGUCUUUCCCUGUCGCUGCGACUGUCUCUGUGCCCAUACCAUCAGAGAUACCAGUUCCCCCUUCUAUUCCUAUGGCUCCUCCAUUGCCUUUUAAGCUCAGUAGUAAAUGCCCAACAAUGCGGACCAAGGCCUUCCACUGGGAUGAAGUUAGCAGAGAUAAGAUAGAGAAAUCGUUCUGGUCACAGAGAAAUCCUGGGGAAAUUCAAAUUGACACGUCACGCUUGAAUGAACAAUUUCCAGUUCAUGAUUUGGGAACAUUUGGUGGGAUCACAGAGCCCAGCAAUAACCUUCACAUCAUGCUUACCCCAAAGGUUGCUCAUAACUUUAAUAUUUUCCUCAAAGGGUUUCCCGUGCAGCCAGGAGAACUGAAGGACAAACUGUUCUUAGUUAACGAGAGUGAAGGAGGAUUCUCUAAUGAACAGAUCACUUCCCUGAGGAGAUAUAUUCCUACCCCAGGUGAUGUGGAAAUGUAUCAAUCGUGUACGCGGCCCGUAUCAGAGCUGCAUAUUGUGGACCAGUACAUGAUGGAGCUGUGCAACAUUCCCUACCUGAGCACCAGACUGGACCUGCUGCUGACUCUACGAGAGCUGCCCAUAAGCAUGGAGGAUCUGCAGCCGCUGAUUAACCAGAAGAUCAGGAUGUGCACGCAGUUGUACGGCUCAAAAUUGUUUGUCUCUGUGCUUGAGCACAUGCUGGCCAUCGGCAAUUAUCUCAACGAGAACGCAGGGAAAGGAAAGGCCAGAGGAUUCCGCCUCUCCACCUUAACUAAACUUUCCCAGCUUCGUGGGUCAGACAGGAAGUUCACCUUGAUGCAUGCCCUUGUGGAGCAGAUCAUGUUGCAUGAACCCAGCUUGGCCACUUUUCCCCAAGAGUUGGCGGAAUUCGAAACUGUCCCUGGAGCUUCCAUUAAAGGGCUCUCUGCUGAAGUGGAUGUUCUCAAGAAUGAGUUGCAGAAGGUCAUUCAGUACAGGAAAACAUACAAGAGAAGAAACCAAGGCGAUCGACACCAAAGGUUUUCCAAAGACCUUAAAAUGGCAAUUGAGAAGUACAGCACAGAUCUCUCCCUGCUGACAAAGAGGUGUGAGGAGAUGAUGAAACUCUACAGUGACAUAUUGGUAAAAUUUGGGGAGCCAAAAGAUCAAGAUUCACAGGAGCUGUUCGGCUUUGUGUGCCAGUUCAUCAACAACUUCAAGAAGGCACAUUGUGAAAUCAGAUAACAAUUUGCUCUUUGAGUUACUAUGUAUGAAUCAUGAGAUAUUGCAAUUCCAGUUUAUUGUUGUUUACUUUGUAACAUACAUACAGUUUAUGUUAAAUUCUAUUGAGGGCUUCCUAGAAAUCGCAUUGAUCGGUGAUCAAUCUUCAGAUCCCCGAAAAGAAACAUUUACGUAAUUUGCAAAUCCUCUUUCCCAGGGCAAUUUACAGUAUUUAUUGAGUACAUGCAUUUUUAUACUGGAAAGUCACGGUCAUUAUUAUAAUGAUUGUAAUUUGGGUGCACUGAGAUGCCGCACAAUCUGUGGUCUUUCAGGAGUCCAAAAACCUGGCUUUCUAACGGAAUAAAUAGCUGUUGUUUCUGCUCACAGCUGUGUCUAAUACGUCUAAUAUGUCUAAUACUAUGUGUAGGCAGAUAUAUUUGACAUUAAAACAUUUUUG